UCCUCAGUGCAGGAUCCGUCUCGUCCUCGUCUCUGUGUGUGGGAUCUGCUGUGAGCUUCGGCUCUGGACUGCUGGACUGAAUGAGUGUGAAUGUGAGGAGAGUGCUGGGCUCGUCUGCUCGUGUCACACAGGCCCAGAAGAAUGAGCGGGAGUCCAUCCGGCAGAAGCUGGCGCUGGGCAGUUUCUUUGACGAUGGGCCGGGAAUCUACAGCAGCUGCAGCAAGAGCGGCAAACCCAGCCUGUCCUCACGGCUUCAGAGCGGAAUGAACCUGCAGAUCUGCUUCGUCAAUGACAGCGGCAGCGACAAAGACAGCGACGCAGACGACAGCAAGACAGAGACCAGCCUGGACACACCACUGUCUCCCAUGAGCAAACAGAGCUCGUCCUACUCGGACAGAGACACCACGGAGGACGACUCGGAGUCUCUGGAGGACAUGGACUUCUUGAGCCGACAGAAGAAGCUGCAGGCCGAGGCCAAGCUGGCUCUCGCGAUGGCCAAACCCAUGGCCAAGAUGCAGGUGGAGGUGGAGAAGCAGAACCGUAAGAAGUCUCCUGUGGCAGAUCUGCUUCCUCACAUGCCACACAUCAGCGAGUGUCUGAUGAAGAGGAGUCUGAAGCCCACGGAUCUCAGAGACAUGACGCUGGGACAGCUGCAGGUCAUCGUCAACGACCUGCACUCACAGAUCGAGGGUCUGAACGAGGAGCUGGUGCAGCUGCUGCUGAUGAGAGACGAGCUUCACAUGGAGCAGGACGCCAUGCUGGUGGACAUCGAGGACUUGACCAGGCACGCUCAGAGCCAGCAGAAGCACCUGGCGGAGAAGACGCUGUCCAAAUGAAGCCGCACGCCUCCACACAUCAGUAUAG